AUGGAUUUCUUCAACAAGGCCGCUUCCCUUGUUAGCGCCGCUACGGAGACGAAGGCGGAAGCAGCGCCCGCAGCCGCGCCCGCAGCCGAGGGCUUCAGCAUCGGUGGCGUCUCGUUGACGGAUGCAGCUGGCUAUGUUGAAAAGGCGAAAGCAGCGGUAGCCGUUGCACAAUGCAACGAGGCGGUGAAAAAGGCUGGCUUUGACGACGAAGCCAAGGUGCUCGGGGAUCUUCUCAGUCAAGCUGAGAAGAUGAUUCCUGGUGCGCCAGCGCCUGCUCCUUCUCCUGCUGCUUCUGCGCUUUCUGCUGCUACUGCUGCGCUCGCAGCCGUCGCUGCCCCUGCAGCUGCUGCUGCGCCUGCCGCCGCUGCUGCGCCUGCUGCUGCGCCUGCCGCUGCCGCUGCUCCCGCUGCUGCGCCUGCCGCUGCCGCUGCUCCCGCUGCUGCGCCUGCUGCUGCGCCUGCCGCUGCCGCUGCUCCCGCCGCUGCUCCUGCUGCUGCGCCUGCCGCUGCCGCUGCGCCUGCAGCAGCUGCCGCCGCUCCUCCCUCUUAA